UUGGCGUAUGGUAUCUCGUCUCGUCCAAGUGGCGAGAAGCGAGGCAAUACCUGAGCAAAACGACCCUGAUGGAUCCAAGGCACGCGGCGGGAUGGGUCGCAUUCGCCCAUACGUUUGCAAAGGAAGGAGAACACGAGCACGCCAUUACCGCAUACUCUACAUCCCAUUUGCCCCACCUCUUUAUCGGAAUGGAACAUUUGACGCUGUCGCAUCUAUCUAUGGCCUCGGAUGCAUUCGAAACCGCAUAUACAAUGUGUGACACGGACCCAUUGGUUUCCAACGAACGGGGUGUGGUCGCUUUUCAAGAAGGAGA